AGGAAAAAAGCGGUCUCCAAGUAUCUAUAGGUGCGGCCAGUACAUGUUUGAGUUGGGUUUUUUUAUUCUAUGGAUUACUGAAAACCCAAAAUGUUGUCAUUUAUUUGCAUAAAAUGACAAAUGGUCCCCAAAAGAGGUCCAAUGUCUCGUUGUUGCUUUGUUUGCCCAGAUGUGACCUGGAUUCCUUGAGUAGAGAUGCGAGCAGUUGCCAGCCUGCCUCCUUUCACCUUUUUUCCGCGUUGCCGGUCCUCAGGCCUGUCACCGCAUCCCUCCUCUCCGCUUCCGCUGCGUGCGUCCGAGGAGGAAGAGGAGGAGGAGGAGGAGGAGGACGAGGACGAGGACGAGGAGGCGGCACACCGGCAGGAGGAUCUUCUUCUUCUUCUCCUUCUUCUUCUUCUUCUUCUUCUUCUGAUAAGACUCCCUACCACUUAACAGCCCUCCCCAACACUCCUCCCCCCCCCCCCCUCAGGGAGGGUGCGUUUUCGUGUUUUAAAAAAAAAAACCCCAACAACCAAAACUUGUUUGCUUUUGUUUGGGGAAUGUUGCGGUUGAUGCGCGCGCCGUGCGUCGCCGCCGCCGACGAUCGCCGCGUGUGACGGGAGGAGGAGAAGCGCGCACGGGAGCCUCGCGCGGACUUUUUUCUUUUUGUUUUUUUUGGGGUGCUCCGCGGGGCUUGCGGGCUUGAGCGGGGGUCGCCCCCGCGACGACCGGCGAGUGGGAUAUCAUCGUCAUCGCCGCCACAAGCCGAGAAGUCCGAGUAGCCGAGUGACCUACUUUUUUGUUUGUUAGCGUUGUUGUCAUUUUUGUAAAUGGAUCCUCUCAUUUGUGCGGACACAAACGGUCAUUUUGUCAGUUUUUCGGCGGAAUAAAUCAGCCUUUUUUUUUGCCCUGCCCCAUUGCGCUGAAUUGGAGGAUUUGCGCGCCACUCGUGGAUGUUCGAAUAUGCUAGAAUGAGUCCACUCGCGUUCAUCCUGGUGGCUGGAUUAUUGCGCGUCCAAGUUGAUGGAUCCCGUCUGCGCCAGGAGGACUCGCCGCCCCGGAUCGCCGAACACCCCUCUGACCUGAUCGUGUCCAAGGGCGAGCCGGCGACCCUCAACUGCAAAGCCGAGGGCCGGCCCACGCCCACGGUGGAGUGGUACAAGGACGGCGAGCGGGUGGAGACGGACAAGGACGACCCGCGCUCGCACCGCAUGCUGCUGCCCAGCGGCUCGCUCUUCUUCCUGCGCAUCGUGCACGGGCGGCGGAGCAAACCGGACGAGGGCGCCUACGUGUGCGUGGCCCGCAACUACCUGGGCGAGGCCGUCAGCCGCAACGCCUCCUUGGAAGUCGCACUGCUGCGAGACGACUUCCGGCAGAACCCGAGCGACGCGGUGGUGGCGGCGGGCGAGCCGGCCAUCCUGGAGUGCGUUCCUCCCAGAGGUCACCCCGAACCCGCCAUCUACUGGAAAAAGGACAAAGUGCGCAUUGAAGACAGGGACGACAGAGUCACGAUACGUGGCGGGAAGCUGAUGAUCUCCAACACCAAAAAAAGUGACGCCGGCAUGUACAUCUGUGUGGGCACCAACAUGGUGGGAGAACGGGACAGCGAAACGGCACAAGUCACCGUGUUUGAGCGACCGACCUUCCUCCGCCGGCCCAUCAACCAGGUGGUGCUGGAGGACGAGAUGGUGGAGUUCCGCUGCCAGGUGCAGGGAGACCCCCAGCCCAACGUGCGCUGGAGGAGGGACGACGUCGACGUUCCUCGCGGGAGGUACGAAAUCAAAUACGACAAGGACGACUACGUGCUGAGGGUGAAGAAGGCGUCCGUCAACGAUGAGGGCACCUUCAGCUGCGUGGCGGAGAACCGCGUGGGCAAGCUGGAGGCCUCCGCCACCCUCACCGUCCGAGACGGCCGUGUCGCUGCCCCGCAGUUCGUCAUCCGUCCCAGGGACCAGAUCGUGGCCCAAGGACGCACUGCCACUUUCCCGUGCGAGACCAAAGGCAACCCUCAGCCUGCAGUAUUUUGGCAGAAGGAAGGAAGUCAGAAUUUGCUGUUCCCCAACCAGCCGCAGCAGCCCAACAGCCGCUUCUCGGUGUCGCCCGGCGGCGCCCUCACCGUCGCCUCGGUGCAGCGGGCCGACGCCGGCUACUACAUCUGCCAGGCGCUGACCGUCGCUGGCAGCAUCCUGGCCAAGGCGCAGCUCGAGGUCACAGAUGUCCUGUCGGAUAGACCGCCGCCCGUCAUCCGCCGAGGCCCCUCCAACCAGACGCUUGCCGUGGACGGCGUGGCCCUGCUCAAGUGCCAGGCGUCGGGCGACCCCAUCCCCUCCGUCAGCUGGCUUAAGGAUGGCGUCAGUCUGCUGGGGAAGGACCCCCGCAUGUCCCUGCAGGAACUGGGCAGCCUGCAGAUUACCAAUAUAAAGCUCUCGGACUCGGGGAUCUACACGUGCGUGGCGACCAGCUCGAGCGGAGAGACGUCUUGGAGCGCUUUCCUCGAAGUCAAAGAAGCCGGCGGCGCAACGCUCACCAAGAACCACGACGACGACGAGCUCCCAGGCCCGCCCUCCAAGCCUCAGGUCACCGACGUCACCAAGAACAGCGUGUCUCUAUCGUGGCAGGCCGGCUUGGUCGGCGCGUCGCCCGUCAGCUCCUUUGUCAUCGAGGCCUUCAGCCAGUCGGUGAGCAACAGCUGGCAAACGGUGGCGGAUCACGUGAAGACCACUCAGUUCACCGUCAAGGGUCUGCGCCCCAACACCAUCUACCUGUUCAUGGUCCGAGCGGUCAACGGCCAGGGCGUGAGCGACCCGAGUCCCAUGUCGGAGCCCGUCAGAACGCAAGACAUCAGUCCUCCGGCUCAGGGCGUGGACCACCGGCACGUGCAGAAAGAGCUCGGCGAGGUGAUUGUUCGCUUGCACAACCCCGUGGUGUUGAGUCCCACGGCCAUCCAGGUCACGUGGAUGGUGGACCGCCAGUCCCAGUUCAUCCAAGGCUACAGAGUUCUGUACAGGCAGACGUCAGGGCUGCCCUCGCCGGGACACUGGCAGACGCAGGACGUGAAGGUCCCGUCGGAGCGCGGCGUGGUCUUGUCGUCUCUGAAGAAGGGCAUCGUGUACGAGAUCAAGGCGCGGCCUUACUUCAACGAGUUCCAAGGCAUGGACAGCGAAUCCAAGACGGCACGAACCACCGAGGAAGCCCCCAGUGCGCCCCCUCAGCAGGUUACAGUCCUCACCGUGGGAAGCCAGAACAGCACUUCUAUCAGCAUCUCCUGGGACCCCCCUCCGCCGGACCACCAGAAUGGUAUCAUCCAAGAGUACAAGAUCUGGUGCCUCGCGAACGAGACGCGCUUCCACGUCAACAAGACGGUGGACGCCGCCAUUCGCUCGGUGGUGGUGGGCGGGCUGCAGGUGGGCAUGGUUUACCGGGUGGAAGUGGCCGCCAGCACCGGCGCGGGGGUGGGGGUCAAGAGUGAACCCCAGUCCGUCGUUAUCGGCAAGGCCUUCCAGGACGUGAUCAUCCACGGCAACCGCAACAACAGCAUCACGGAGCAGAUCACCGACGUGGUCAAGCAGCCCGCCUUCAUCGCCGGCAUCGGCGGCGCCUGCUGGGUCAUCCUCAUGGGCUUCAGCGUCUGGCUGUACUGGCGCCGGAAGAAGAGGAAGGGCCUGAGCAACUACGCAGUUCAAUCCUUCACCUUCACCCCUGCAGUGACGUUCCAGAGAGUCGACGGCGGCCUGAUGAGCAAUGGGAGUCGGCCAGGCUUACUGAAUGCCAGCGACCCGGGGUACCCCUGGUUGGCGGACUCCUGGCCCGCCACCAGCUUGCCUGUCAACGGCAGUUCCGUGGGACCCAAUGACCUCACCAACUAUGGCCGAGGAGAUAUCCCGAGCGGCCAGGGGGAUAAGACGGGAACCAUGCUCUCGGACGGAGCCAUCUACAGCAGCAUCGAUUUCACCACCAAAGCCAACUACAGCGGCCCGGGCCAAGCGUCGCAGGCCACCCCGUACGCCACCACUCAGAUCCUGCACACCAGCAGCAUCCACGAGCUGGCCGUGGAGCUGCCCGAGGCCCAGUGGAAGGCCUCGUUGCAGGCCAAGCAAGAGAUGGCCAACUUGGGCUACUCGCUGCCCGACAAGAACUCCUGUAACAACACCCUCCUUUUCAUUCCCGACUACCGACUGACCGACGGGCUGUCUAAUCGAAUUCCGCACAACCAAUCGCAAGAUUUCAGCACUACCAGCUCUCACAACAGCUCAGAGCGAAGCGGCAGUCUCUCAGGUGGUAAAGGAGGGAAGAAGAAGAAGACAAAGGCCGGUUCCAAGCCCGCUAAAGCCAACGGUUCCAACUGGGCUAACGUCCCCUUGCCCCCUCCUCCUAUACACCCUCUUCCGGGCACCGACAUGGACCGCUAUCCCAACGAGCACCACGACGGAGGAGGGUACGAGAGCGACGGCUGGGGUCCGCCGAUGCCCGUGCAGACCUACCUCCACCAGGGCAUGGAGGACGAGCUGGAGGAAGAGGAGGAGCGGGUGCCCACCCCGCCCGUCAGGGGCGUGGCCUCCUCCCCGGCCGCCGUCUCCUUCGGCCAGCGGUCCGCGGCCACGCUCACGCCCUCCCCUCGGGACGAGAUGCAGCCCAUGCUCCAGGCCCAUCUGGACGAGCUGACCCGGGCCUACCAAAUGGACAUGGCCAAGCAGACGUGGCACGUGCAAGGGGGGUCCCUGCCGCCCCAGGCUCCGGCCCCUCCGGCGGGCUACACGUCAAGCACAAUGGUGUCCGACCUGGAGACGGACCUGGCGGACGACGACGAGGAGGACGAUGACGAGGAGGAAGAUGAAGGCUACGGAGCCAGGCAACCCCGCGGAAUCGAGCACACGCCGGGCUCCAGCAUGGACAACCUGGACAGCUCUUUGACAGGCUCCAUGGCGAACGGCUGGGGCUCGGCCUCGGAGGACGAGCGCAAUUUCUCCAGCCACCGCUCCAGCUUGGCUAGCUCGUCCGACGGCUCCAUCUUUACCCACUGCAGCUUUGCCCGGGCCCUGGUGGCCGCUGCGGACAAGGCGGGCUACCGGCUGGACGGCACCAGCCUCAGCAAGCGCGGUCGGUGUAAAAGAGACAAAGGCUUGUCCCACAGGCACCGGCCCGGCAGUCCGUUCUCGACAGAUGGCAGCACAGUGGGAACGCAUAGCCUAGGCCACCAGAGAGCCCAGCGGCCGGCGCGCAAACCCCGGAACCUGGGCACGGCACCCCACCGCAGAGAUGCCGGUGCAGACGACCUACCUCCGCCACCCGAGCCCCCGCCCGGCCAGGGCCAGACUCGGGCCCAAACAGGUCGCUGCAUCAACGGCGUGAUCCCCCCUCCGGAGAGGAAGGCGACGUCCCUGGAGCGCCCGCCCGUGUCCGGUGCGCUGGACGACAGGCAGAUGGCACGCGCCGCUCUGGAACAUCAUCGCCAGGCUCAAGAGCGACCGGGCCCCACGGAGAGAGCCGACGACGGUCGCAGAGGCCACAAAAACGAGGAAGCUUGCCUGCCGUACCAUAAACCGUCCUUCCCGUCCCCGGGCGCCCACAGCUCGUCGGGCACCGCCUCCUCCAAGGGCUCGACGGGGCCCCGCAAGACGGACGGCCCCCGGCAGCCGCAGCAGUGGACGGCCAUGGAGCACGCCGACUUCCUGGGGACCAACGGACAAGGGCAGUACUCAGGAGAGUUAUAGUGUUCCACUUGGCUGAUGAUCUGGCAAAACGAACGACAGUGACGCCCCGCCCGCCCCCCCGACCUCGCAGCCCACCCCCCUCCUCGUCGUCGUCAGGGGCGACGACGAGGACGUCUUGUCCGUCCUGGUUUUGUCAUCUUUGUGGACUGAGGGGCGGACACCCCGGUGGCAGGAACGGCGGGGUCGUCACGAGCGUGCAUAUUUGACGUACGAUGUAUAGACACAGACAUAUUGUACAUCUCACUAUGGUUUUGGUCUUUUCUUCUUUUUGUCCGAAAAAACACACACUUCCUGGUGACCGCCCUUUUUUAAAGUUGUAAAUAUCUUCUUUCAACUUGCUGUUGCUAUGCAAGCCUCCAACAAUUCCUUUUUGAAUAAUUUGGGUUUAUUAUUGUAUUAUAUGUGAAUGGUGUGGCUGCUGUGCCAUAAAAUUGUCGUUUUUUUUUUUUUUUUAAAACAAUCUGUUCAUAGUUGCCAUUAAUUAUUGUACUUAUUAUUAUUAUUAUUCUGAUUAAUUAUUGUUUUUUGCACUGCAACUUUUUGGUGAUAAGCACAAAAAAAGACCAUAGCUCCUGCUGACAUGAAGAAGAAGAUGAUGUGAAGAUGUGAAGAGGAGUUUCUGUACUGUAAAGAGAAGAAGAAUUAUAUACAGAGAAAUGUACAGAGAUGUUUUGUUUUUAAAGCUUGGCGGCAAGUCGAGGCAGACAGGAAGUUCCCGAGGCUCGGAGAGGAAACUGUCACUUUAAGGCCACCGAUGACAUGGUCGAUGCUCAUUUUGUUUUCACAUUUUGACUUGGUUUUUUUCCUGAUUUGAUGUUUGAGCACUUAUGCAAAUGUGGAGCGUCGCCAAUUGUUUACUUUCAUUUACGGUUUUUAUUUGUCCAUGUCUUUUCUUUUGGCUUAUUGUUGAGGAGCACUUAGCUUGUUUUGCGCCAACAUUUAUGUUCCCCGCCCUCAUCCGAGCCACUUGCACAUCGGCCGCCUGUGCGCAGCUUUGACAAGUUCCUCGUUCAAUCCCGACCGAGAUUUGAACAUCGUGAACGUCGGAAAGCCUGACACGCGUAUGCACACGCGCGCACACAAACAUGCAUACACACACACACACACACACACAGCCGUUUGCCGACGACUAAAUCCUGCUGCUUUACAAUGUUUUUUCUUUUAAGUUUCACAUUCAGGAUUUUUGUCGAUUGUAAUUUUUUUUUUUUACAAAUUUAUUUUUUAUUACAAGAGUAAAGUCGUCCAUUGUUCAAAUUAGGAUGAUGAUUGAAAAUAAAGUCAUAAGUCCACAAAUGGAAUUUUCACAUUCAUUCUCGUAAAAAAUUGCAUUUACAUUUAUUUACCUGUGAUCUUACUUUAAUCUCAUUAAAAAAAAUGUUUUUUUUUUUACUCCUAAUAUUAAGGCUUUUUAACAUCAUGGCCCUUAUUGUAAUGUUGCAACUUUAUUCACUAAUUGAUUCUUGUUAAAUGGAACGUGCCACUUUAUUUCUUGGAAAAUUGUAUUCUUUUAAUCAUAACAAUAAUCAACAACAUUUUAUAGAACAAAAACUGUUAUGGAAAAACGUGUAAUUUAAUGAAAAUCAAUUCAGAAUAUUACCAAAAUGAAAUCAACAUUUUAAAAAGUGAGAUAUAAAAGUUCGAAUAUAAUGCAAAAAAAAAGUCUUCAUUUUACAAGAAAAGGGUACAAUUUUCAGACAAUGCAUUUGUAAUGUUAUGUAAAAGUUCCCAAUGCGAAUACAAUUGCAAUUUUAGGAGAAUGAAGUUGUAAUAUUAUGAGGAAAAACACGUAAUUAAUGAGUAUGAAUGCGUCCUUUUCAAUGCCCGUGCCGUCUUAUUUCAAGAAGCUUCGCGCGUGCGCACUCACGCAACAAUCCAACAUCAGAUGAUGUCGUCCUUGUUUCUUUGUUUGCCUUUUGCCAAAACGCUGCUGCUUUACAACACCGUUUUCAAUGUUCAUGUUCAGGAUUUUUAUGCUUCGAUGACAGUUUUUUUUUUUCAUAUACCGCUAAAGGGUUCAAAGGUUGUUGUGAUGGUUCAUUCAUUUAAAUCGGCACAGUGGCCAGUGUUUCUGGAAAUGAGGUGCACGAGCGUAUCUCAGGUUAUUUUACAAUUGUUUGUGGUGUUUAUGUAUAUAUAUAUAUAUAUAUAUAUAUAUACAUAUAUACACCUAUACGAUAUAUCCAUACGCAGUCCCCCACAUUCCGACAAAAAAGAAGACCAAAUUGAAAUUUCUAAUGUCUAAUAAUCGUGUUUCCCUUUCUUUUACGUUGACACCACAACCUCCUUUUGUAUUUAUUUAAAAAAAAAAAUGCUGAUAAAAAGUAUUGUGGAAUAUGCAUAACAAUUUGUGGUGUAUGAAAUGUUUUUUUAAUUUUUUUUUUUUUUGAGUGUUUGAGGAGGAGCCAAAAUUCUUGACUCUUUUUUUUUUUUUCCCCGAUAUUGUUGGUUCUUUGUAGCCUUUCUUGUGUGUGUUGCCUUUUUCUUAAUAAAAAAAAAAAAAAAAAAAAGAAAAGAAAAGGAAAAAAACUGGUUCAAAAAGUGGUCGGGUGUAAUCUUUGUGUACAGUCCCGAUCCGCCGUUCGUUCAUUUGGUUUGUAAGCCACCUCCUCUUCCUCCUCUUCCUCCUCCUUCUGUAUUCACUUGCAUGUCCUCCUCGUCCCCAAAAAGAAUUGACGGUCGUACACAUCUCGCCAUGUUCCUGUAAGAUACAAAUGAUCCGUGUUCUUUUUGUUGCCCUUGUACCCGCCUCAAUAUCAAAUAAAAUAUUUUUGAAAAAGGA